AUGAAUUGUGUGCGUCGCAUUUGUGAUAUUCGCUGUGUCGUCUUUGGCAACGAGGAGAAAGUGGAGUGCAACCCGAGAGAACUUGGACCAUGCUUGCCAGCAGUGCUAACCGGAGUUAAACCAUUGACGCAAUGUUGCGAACAAGAGUCGAAAAUAAAAAAUUCUCUCCCCUCUCUCCACCGCCGGCCGGCCUCACGCCGGUUGACGAGAAUUAGCCUAAUGACAAAGAAAAAGAAAAAAGUCCUUCGUUCUAUGCCUCCAGAUACGACUAAGUUUUCUCGGGUCUCUGCUCAAGCUCGCUCUGUGGUAGCCUUUGAGAAGAAGUCUCUCUCCGACAACGCCUUUGCCGGUAGCUGCGAUCUCUCUCUGGAGACCCUUCACAUCCAGAAAGUGGGGAAUCUCCCUCGGAACUCAGUUGCUUUGGGAACUGGGACACUUACAGAUCCAGGAAACUCUUCGCAGUCGCAAAUCGUGCUUCCAGUGGCUCCCGUCGCCGAUUCGUGUCCACGAUUUGUAGCUGGUCAGAAGGAUAUAACUCCAGUGAAAUCAGGUUUACCGGUUGCAAAUUCUAGCCGUCCGGUGCGAAAAUGGUCAAGUAUCAUUACAGAUUCUUCUCAACUAGAAGAGAUUGGAACCCCUUCUCAGCAUGUUUCAGGAGUCCCUUUUGUUCUAAUCCCGGAUGCAAAUUUGGAGGCCGCCAAAGAUGAGUUCAAAGAUUUCAUCUUCGCUCGAUUCCACGGGGAUGCUCCGGAAAUGGGAAGAAUAAUAGGAGUUGUGAAUGCUCUUUGGGCUCGCACAGGUCCACGCAUUUUCGUUCACAAAAUUGGCCAUGGAACGUUCCUUCUUCGAGUCAUUAACGACCGAACAAGAGAAAUCCUCCUCAGCCGAACUGUAUGGAAUAUUGCAGGUUUCCCUAUGUUUGUGGCGGCUUGGUCUCCUGACCUCAACCCAGAACAACUUCCUCUGACAUCAGCCGUUGUCCCGGUUGAAUUCAGAGAAGUCCCGUAUCUACUGUUUAACAAGGAAAGCUUGAGUCGUAUAGCUACGGCCGUCGGUAAACCUGUUUCUCUAGCUCCUGAAACAGAGCGUAAAGAGACGUUCGAGGUUGCUAAGGUCUAUGUUCGGGUGGAUCUAACAAAGGAGCUUCCUUCGAAAAUCAUCUCUGGUUUCUCGAAUGGUCGUGAAGCGCACAUCUCUGUGACUUAUCCUUGGCUACCGCUGAAAUGUGAAGGGUGUGGCUUGUUCGGGCACUCCAAAAGUCGAUGCCAUGAUGGUCCUUCUGCCUUGAACCAGGUUCGUACUCUAAGCACUAGUCCUAGCCGUGGGAAGCGAGCAAGACCAGGCAGAUCUAAGAGCAGAAAGAGGCAGACCUCGACCACAGGUACAACUGGCAGUUCGAACUCACGUACAAAUGAGAAGGAUGGGACUGUGACUGAUUUGCUUGAUGGAAACAGAGCCUCUUCCGAUGACAAUGCAGAUGCAGAUGCAGAGCAAACUCCAGGGGUUGUGGAGCAUGCUAACGAGCAGGAGAAGGCUAGAGUGUUGGAUAAGGAAGGGAUCUCUACGACUGUUGAAAAGAAAGAUGCAGCAUCAUCAUCAACCGAGGUCGGGAAUAAGGUUUCAGAGGUUUCAGAGGUUUCAGAGGCUGCAGAAGCCCCCUUCUUCUUGGUCCGCAACAAGAAGAGUGGCCGACUGAACAGUGAUAGACGCCACUCUAUGACAAAAGAUUGGAUUAAUAUCCAUAGAUCACUUUUUGGAGCAUUCUACGAAACACAUAUACAACGAGUAAAUGCUGGGCGCAUAGCUCGCGCCAUUCCGACAGGUUGGAACUUCUUUGGAAACUUUGACCAUCAUGAAACAGCUCGCAUUGCGGUGGUUUGGGAUCCUAGUGUUUCGGUUUUUGUCUACCAGUCAUCCGCUCAAGCUGUUACAUGCGGGAUUUUCAUCCAAGCUCAAAACGUCAACCUUACGAUUACAUUUGUUUACGGGCACAAUGGAACUGAUCUUCGGCGAACUCUUUGGGAUGAGCUUCAUACAUUGAAUGCUGUUACUCCAGUCUCGAGAACUCCGUGGGCGGUCUUGGGUGACUUCAACCAGAUAAGACAAUCAUCUCAACACUCCAACUCUCAGCAAACGCACAUUGAUACUUCUGGAAUGGAGGACUUCAAUCUUGCACUUCAGGAUGCGGAGCUGUUUGAGGCGCAAACCAAGGGACUACCUUUCACUUGGUGGAAUAAUCAAGAGGACAAUCCAAUAUCUAAGAAAAUAGAUCACGCCUUUAUAAAUUGUCAUUGGUCAAUUGCCUUCCCGGACGCUUAUGCUGUUUUCAUGGAGCCUGUUCAAUCAGAUCAUGCAGCGUGUUUGUUUCAGAUGCCAUCCUUACAUCGAAAGGCUUCUAAGCCCUUCAAGUUUUUCCAUCAUACUGCUGAUCAUCCUCAGUUUGGAGAACUUGUCGCUGAGGCUUGGAGUUACGGUGACAUUUCAGGAUCAAACCAAUUAAAGCUUGCAAAGGCGCUGAAGUUAUUGAAGCCGGUUCUCAGAAAGCUGAACAAACGCCAGUUCAGUGGGGUUUCAGAGAGAGUAAGAGAUCAAGCUGAAUUUGUAUUAAACCUGCAAAGGAUGCUUCUCACUUCACCUACACCAGAACUAGCUAUUGAAGAACAUCAAGCUAGAGCUAAGUGGCAAAUGCUUCUCAAGGCGGAAGGAAAGUUCUAUCGACAGCGUUCCAGAGUUAAGUGGUUGUGCGAGGGGGACAGAGAUACUGCUUUCUAUCACAGGACGGUAAAUCAGAGACUCACGCAAAAUCAUAUUCAUUUCCUCCGCUACAAUGAUAACAGGAUGAUUGGUGAUACCGAGGAAAUAAAGGCCUAUGCAGCUGAAUAUUUUCAGGGUUCAAUGUGGGUCGCUUGGCUGAAUAAAAAUGUCUUCCAUCGAAAGAGUUUCUGGGAAAGCGAUGACUCAGCAAGGUUCUCGCCACCUAUCAGAAGCAUGCUUCGGCUUAAACAAGUUCUGCCUGAGUUCAUGAAGUGCGAUGUUCGUAACGGUAUCUCGGCUUAUUUCUGGUAUGAUUGCUGGACGGACUUAGGACCUCUACUCAAUUUUAUGGGAGAAAGGGGACCGAGACAACUGCAAAUCCCUCUAAGAGCCCGCGUGGCUCAAGCGGCAAUGAACGGCUCUUGGAGGUUACCUGCAGCACGUUCAGAGGAAGCUCUCCAAAUACAGAUCUCAUUAACGACGCUUCCUCCGCCUCUUCAGACAAGGGGUUCUGAUAUCUUUUUAUGGCGAAAUAGUGCUAGUACGUUUGGUAACGGUUUCUCCGCUAAGGCAACGUGGGAGAAGCUAAGGGUUCCAUCUCCAGCUGUUCAGUGGCAUACAGUCGUUUGGUUCAAAGAAUUAAUCCCCCGGUGUGCUCUUAUAACUUGGUUGGUUCUCUUGACCAGAUUACCGACCAAAGAUAGACUAAUCCGUUGGGGAAUGAGUGUUCCAGGUAGUUGUGUCCUGUGCCAUACCGGGAUUGAAUCCCAUGAUCAUCUCUUCUUUAGCUGUCCUUUCUCCUCAGGAAUCUGGAAACGAUUUGCCUCUUCUUUUUGGCGGUCCCCGUCGGUGGAUCUGACAACUGUAGUGUCUCUGAUUACAAGCUUGCCGCCUCCGAAGAUCCCCAUCGCAAAGCUCUGUUUUCAAAUCACCAUUUACCUCUUAUGGAAGGAACGCAAUGCAAGGAUCUUCACCUCUGUGGAAAUGCCUGCUUCAACCAUCGCCGCUGCCGUUGAUAGGAUGCUCAGAGAUCGUCUGCUGUCGAUUCCAGCUACAAGUGUCGGCUCGCCUUCGCUCCUCGAAGAUUAUUUUCGCUGUGUUUCUUUUCCUUAG